AUGCUGUAUAUUCCUUGUCACAAUGACGGAGCUGCACACUUGGCUAUCCGUGACAUUAGCUCUCAGUAUGCAGCGGCCACAGGGAAGCUGGCCUUUGGAUCCAGCCAGUAUGUGGUGGUCUUGGGGCUAAUGCUGAAACCGCGCAGUGAUGCAACGGACAGUACGAGCGUCCCCGUCUCAUACGAGGUGGAUUUGAACGGUCUUGGCGAUGGAGAACCAAUCGUGGGAUCGGUGAGAUCCCAUGCUGCAUCACCUGCGCGGGAGGUGAAAUUACAAAGCCACCAUCUUUAUGACAACGAGUGGAACCUCCGCCACGGAUAUUACCCUCGAAGUUACAUAUCCCGUCCCCUCCUCGGCCACCCGCGAUGGCACCUUCAAACACCCUAUUUCUCCUUCCGGAUCCCGGACGAUUCGUCGACCUUCGAAUGGCAGAUCCAUCCCAGCCAGCAGGGGCGCAUGCGGUAUACCCUUGUCCGCCGUGCUGCGUCGGACCAACAACAGCAGCAAGUCAGUGAUUCUGAUAUCCAGGCUAUAUACUACCACAUCGGGGUCGGCACGUCGCUGUCCCUUUCGUAUAGCGAGGGGGUGCUGCUUCUUCCUACGGGACAGGACUCCGUUCGAGAGAGUCUCGUCGUGGCUAGCGCACUGGCGAUGCUACGGCGGCUGCGGGAGCUUCACGGGGGAAAUGAUAAGAGGGGGACCGGGACUAAGAAGAAGUCGCGCUUGGGGGCAAUGAAGGGGUUGUUUGGGAAGGAGUAA